GAAGCAGCAGGAUAAGGCACUUCUCUCUAUAUAGCUCUUCAUUAACUAGCGGAAGACUGUGCACAGUGAGCACCGAAGAGAAAAGAGAGACCAGAACAUGGGGAAAAAAAACAGAGGAUGCCAGGGGGCCCAUCAAAAAUGAAGGGGAACGGGAAGGCUGGAAACUAGAGUACGGAAAGGGGGAUAAAAGGCUAGUGGUGAUGCCUGCCUUUCCCUUCUUGGCUCUGCCCCUCAGUCAUCAUUACAGGGAUCUGCAUGAGACACUGAUCACCCUAGGCUUGUUUCCUCCUCUGUCUGAGGCUUUGACUAUGGAAGCAACACACAUCAAUAUGUCCCAAGCCCCGCUAGUGAAUGGGGGCAUCAGUGCCAAGCUUAAAAAAAGCAAACCCCGUGUGAUGUCCAAAAGUGGUCACAGCAAUGUGCGGAUUGACAAAGUAGAUGGCAUUUACCUACUCUAUCUCCAGGAUCUGUGGACCACCGUUAUUGACAUGAAGUGGAGAUAUAAACUUACUUUGUUUGCUGCAACAUUCAUAAUGACCUGGUUCCUUUUUGGAGUCAUUUAUUAUGCCAUUGCAUUUCUUCAUGGAGAUCUAGAAGGUAGCAAGUUUCCUUCCAAACAUAUCCCCUGCGUCAUGAAAGUUGACUCAUUAACUGGGGCAUUUCUCUUCUCUUUGGAGUCCCAGACAACCAUUGGUUAUGGCUUCCGGUACAUCACUGAGGAGUGCCCUCAUGCCAUUAUUCUCCUAGUAACCCAAUUGGUUGUCACAACAUUAAUUGAAAUCUUCAUCACUGGGACGUUCCUGGCCAAAAUUGCUAGACCCAAGAAAAGAGCAGAGACCAUAAAGUUCAGUCAUUGUGCUGUUGUAACCAAACACAAUGAUAAUCUUUGCCUUGUGAUUCGAGUGGCAAAUAUGAGAAAGAGUCUUCUGAUCCAAUGCCAGCUGACUGGAAAACUUCUUCAGACUUAUGAAACCAAAGAAGGAGAGAGGAUUCUACUUAACCAAGCCAGUGUCAAAUUCCACGUUGACUCCGCCUCAGAAAGUCCUUUCUUGAUUUUACCUCUGACUUUUUAUCAUAUAUUGGAUGAGAAUAGCCCUUUAAAAGAUCUUACUCCUCAGAGUCUAAAAGAAAAAGAUUUUGAGCUUGUUGUCCUCUUGAAUGCCACAGUAGAGUCAACAAGUGCAGUUUGUCAGAGCCGAACAUCAUAUAUUCCAGAAGAGAUCUUCUGGGGUUUUGAAUUUAUGCCUGUGAUUUCCCUCUCUCAGAAUGGAAAAUAUGUUGCUGAUUUUAGUCAGUUUGAGCUGAUCAGAAGAAGUGCAGAUUUUACCUUAUACAGUACAGACUGUGAAAAGCAAAAACUAGAAGAGCAAUAUCGAAAGGAAGACCAGAGAGAGAGAGAACGCAGAGCAUUGUUGUUGCAGCAAAGCAAUGUUUGAUCUCUUGUCCAUUAUAAACUGUAACAAAAGUUUGGAUACUAAGCUGCAUGGUUUCUUCUUCCUUAAAGUGGAAAGGGAGCAAAUUCAUACUUAAAGAGCUGUGAGGUGGAAAGUAUCCAUCCUUUUAUCAGGGGGGGCAGCUUUUUGGGAUGGGAGCCCACAUUGGAUCCCCCUGAUCCCACUAAGAGCCACAUUGCAACCUCAGUUGAUGCUAAAAUUUAACAGCAAUUGCAGUGGCUUUUUAUGUGCAGAAUGGCGGAGCACUCUGUCAUAGCACAAAGUCCAUAGUUCAAAGUGUCUCCUAACUUUAAAAAAGGCAAAAACAAACAGGGGAAGUAGAGGCACAAAAAUAGUUUGGGAGCCACAGAUGACCAUGUUGCAUUAUCCUGCACCUGUUUUUAUCAGUAUGUAUAAUUAAUCAAGUGUAGUUCUUACUUAAAUGAUGGAGCUGGCCAGUCCUGGAUAGUACUUGGAUGGGAGACUGCCAAUGAAUACCAGAUGCUGUAGGCUAUAUUCCAGAGGAAGGAACUGGCAAAAUCACCUCUGACUAUGCUUUGCCUUAGAAAACCCUGUGAAAUUCAUACAGAUGCCAUAAGACAACAGGUGACUUGAAGACAUUCAUGCUGUCAGAAUGAAGGUGAUACCAUGUAGAAAGUAUACCUAGAAAGGAGACACAGACUGAGUGAGACUGUUGGUCCACUACUGUUGAUUGACUACUGAUGCUUGACUGGGAGAGCAGUAUUGGGUUUCAGACAGGAGUCUUUCCCAGUUCUACAAGCAUCUACCAAUGAUUAAACCUGGGUCAUAUUGCUUGUAAAACCAACACUUCACCAUUGACACAUGGCCUUUCCAUGUCUCUUAACAGUCUUCCACUUGGCAGCUUUCACAGCAGACAAUGUUCAAUUAUGGUCAAUAUAUGGAGACUGAUACAUUGAACAAAUUCUUCAAAUAUUUAUUUGACAUAGUUUAGAUCUUAAGUAGGAUGAUUAAAGAGCUGGUUAUGAAACAUAUUUUUUUUGUAUGUAAUUGUAAGGAUGGGAGUGUUUGGCAGAGUAGGAGGGAUUCCUAGCAUUGAGCCAGGGCUGUUAAAGCAGUCUCAAACUGGAUUAUUUCUGCAGUAUAGAGUGGACCCUAGUCUAGUUGGAAUGAACAACUGGAAUUAAGCCAAAGUAAAAAUAAAAAAUAAAGAAUGUAGUUUUAAAGAAUUCUACUAACAACAUUGUUUCUUAUAUGAAGUGUAUAAAAUAUUAAUUUGCUUUGCUUUAUACAAUUGUUUAAUAUUCUCAAAUAAAAGUGCCUGAAACAUUUACUGUCAGAUAUUCAUGUGUUUAAUACUAUUGAGCUAUCUUUUUAAUAGGCCAGGAUCCUCUUGGUGACAUAUGCUGGAAUAAUUUGGGGUUAUAAUUUGGAGUGAACAGGCAGCUCCAGCUCCAGCAGGGCUAGCCUGAAGGAAGAGGCUCAUCCCUCCAUAACUGUCAUCCUCCGGCCUGCAAGGGAGUGAACAGGCAGGCCCAGCUCCACCAGGGCUAGCCUGAAGAAGAAGAGCCCUCCCUCCAGUCCACCUGCCUUGGUCCAGGCCUCAGAGGGAGAGAAGAACCACUUGACCUCAUGCCCUUUCCCACCACUAUUACCUUCUCCUUUUGUGUCAUGUCUUUUAGAUUGUAAGCCUGAGGGCAGGGAACCGUCUAAUUCAAAAUAAUAAUUGUAAGCUGCUCUGAUAACCAUUAGGGCUGAAGGGCGGGGUAUAAAUAUCAUAAAUAAAUGAAUGAAUAAAUAAAAUAAGUUAAGUACUUUCUCAGAUGUUGAACAAGGAGUUAGCAAAUACCUUCUUGUUCAGUGCUUUCCUCCGAUCUGUAUAGUGAGAGAUAGCAUUGCCCCAGACCAAAUGCCAUUAUUUGUCCCAAAAGAUGCAUUAGGAGAACUCUGUCAUGCUGUAUAACCACGAUGGUAGAGCUUUGCAUUCUCUUGGCAUUAAAUAGAGCAAUCAUUGUUCAGCUUAAGAAAAUGUACCUUCACUAUACAAAGUGGACAAAUACUGGCAUUAAAAGCCAACAAAUGAAACAGCCAUAACGGUGCUCUGCUAAUAGGCAAAUCAGUAGCUGAAAGGGAAAAUAGGAUAACAUUUAAUUGUGUGUUAUUCAGCUUUUUGAGUAGAUUAAACUUACUCAUUUUCUUCUGAGGUGUUGCUUUCAAACAUGUUGGGCCUGCAAAUAAGGCACCAGCAUCCUUUUUGAUGUAUUUGAAGCCCAAUUUAAAUGUAGCAAUGGAUGUUAGUUUUUUUUAAGCUACUUGUGUGAAGUCCUGGCCAUGUGUUCAGCUGUCUUAAGCAUCCAUACAGUUAGUACAGUUGGGAUUUUUGAUAAAUGGUCUGGCACAACAAUAAGUCAUGUCAUAAAGAGAGUAAUCUAUAGUUUAGUUGUGGUUCCAAAUGUGUGGUAAC